AUGGGCAUGGAAGGAGCCAAGGACGAGCUCGACGGAAGUGGCACCCACGACGAGCGCAAAGUCCCAAUUUACAAGUUGUCUGUAAGAUUCUUCCAUUUCAUUGUUUGGCCAUUCUGCGGCCGCUUUAGACUUAGAAAGCCAGCUGAUACUCUGCAUACAAGUGCGACCAUUGCCGGCAACGAAAGGUACAUCAUGAUUCAUGACUUUCGUAUCUCCAAUCUUGAACGAUACCUGCUGACGUUGAACCCCAAGGUACGAUGUGAUCGCACGUAUCCAUGCGGUCCGUGUUCACGGAAACAACUCGGCUGCACCUAUCCAGCUGGGUAUAAACCCCGGACCAAGCGAAAACAAGUGAGAGUUUCCCAAGGAUACGAGCAGAAGCUCGAUGAGAUCUCCAGAAAGAUUGACCACAUAUGCCUUUCCCUCGACAAGCUCGGGUCGUCGUCCUCCAAGCCAGAAAAGCCUACGUCAACGAAUACAGCAGCAUUUUCAUACACGACGCCUCAGUUACCUGAAUAUAAUGAGAGCGAUGACGACUCGGGGGCUGGUAUCGGGGGCGAUGUGGCAUUAGAAUCUCAAGCAGCCUUUGCGACACAUUUAGCGGAAAGGCUUGUUGAUAGUGCGCAUCCAAUGGAGCACCUGCCCGAAGUCAAGUCAAGUCUCCAUGCCCUGAAGCAAUCCCUAGUUGCGACCCAGUACAAACGCAAAAAGGGCCCUCCUACAGUUGCAAGGCUCAUACCACACGCUUCAAGCGUCGGAGGAUUAUCCCUGCCGCCUAUGCAGAUAGCGAUGUUGGCACUCCAGCGCCUACGAGAGUCAACGUGGCUUAAACUACUUUGGUCUAUGGAAUUUGAAAGCGUCAGUCAAUUCGUUGAGUAUUUCAUGACUGUAUACUCCGGAAAGCCAUCUCUGGCCGAUACCCUCAUAGUUCAUUGCGGCCUCCAUCGCCUCUUCGUUCAAUGUGGUAAUGCAGAGAGUGACGAUUCCCUAAAGAAGGAGUUCUAUGCCCAAGGAGCUCUUUCUCGAGAAAAUCUUACAGCCAUUUUAUCGGGCAUGCCUUUCAACAUACCAGCCUCGUUCGAUUUUGCCCUAGCCUUAUAUAUGACUUCCGCUUAUUAUCUCCAAUCAUUUCAACUAUCCAUGGCUUGGAACUCCUUAGUGGUAGCAUGUCAGAUCUGCCAGACUCUUGGGUACAAUAGGGAGGCUUUGGCAACGCCCGAAACAAGUUAUUCCAAACAGCGCAGAACCAAACUCUUCUGGUCCAUCUACAUGCUCGACAAAAUGGUUGCACUACGAUUGAAUCGCCCAUCAUCACUACGAGAUGGCGACAUAACUCUUCGCGUGCAGACACAUGACAUCUAUUCGACUGACCAGACAAUGACAGUGUUUCCUGGGUGGAUCGAGACUGCCACAUUACAUGGCAAAAUUUACGACGAUAUAUACAGCUUAAGCGCUCUUGCUGAGUCAACCGACGUGCGUGACGUUCGUGCUAGAGAAAUUGCGGCGGAGUUGGAACGAGUUUUCACUACGACAGGCGCUAUGGAAGCAUACUUUGCCCAUCACAAUGUCGAGGACAUAGGCGGACAAGUAAUUGACAUAAUGAUGAGAGCUGAGAGAAUAUCUCAAUUAGCAACGCUCACUCUGGUGUACCGCAGCAUUCGGCCGGCCACAGACAGAGGUUCGGCAUUUUGCCCGGAAUGCCUACAUACCGCAAAUCAGUGUCUUGAAGAGCAUAGAGCUUGCUUGGAUAUUCUCAAAGAUGUCGAAAUGAGCAUUGUUGAACUAUAUGUGCAAUGGGCUCUUCUAUCCGCUCCUUUCAUUCCAUUUAUCGUGAUUUUCUGUCAUGUUAUUGAAACCCGUGAUGAAACUCAUUUGGGGAAACUAUCUGCCGUUGUUGAGACGUUGCAGCUCUUGCCGCCGACUCUCCCAGACAUUUACAGGAAACAGCUGCGGCUUUUCAAGUUGAUGUAUGAUGUUGCGUGCAAAUACAUUAACUCUCCAACAAGCACACCCUCGGUCCCAACAAUUCAGAGAACAACCGACAUGCCGUUUGAAAUGUUCUAUUCUGAGGCUGGAUUACCCUUGCCCAGCCGGUCAUAUGACCAGUCCAAUUCAGCAACAAGAGAAUAUGGUCAGCAGAGUGCGGCGUUUAGUAGCCAUGGUACAGAGUUGGGACAUUGGUUCGACCAGAAUCAACAUAUAUUUACCAUGCUGGAGGACACAUUCUAG